AUGGCCGGCAAGGGUCUCAAGAGCCUCAACGAGGCCAUGAAUGCGCUGAGCAUUGCUUCCAAGUCAUGCAGGGCACUGCCGAUGCGCCAAUCCUCUAUUCUUCCCUGCAGACGGUCGAUGGCCUCCGUAGCUACCCCUCCUGCCGCCAAUAUCACAAGAUCGGUCUCGGAACCAUGGCAACCCAGUAUGAGCACCAACACGACUGCCAACCUCGACAACAUCGCCCGCGCUGAAAAGGUACUAACCCACGAUUCAGUCACCAACGUUCCUGUGACCGUCUAUUCCUUCCCCGAACUCGAGCCGCGCUCCCUCGAAUCCUACUCAGCCCGUCACCUUCACCUCCCGCUGCGUCGCGAUAUCCUCCACUUGGCCGUCAUCUACGAAGGUGACUCGACACGACGGGGCAUGGCGUCCACAAAGACACGCUACGAAGUUCAUGGUUCGCACAAAAAGAUGAGUCCCCAGAAGGGUACCGGUAACGCCCGUCGUGGUACCCGCCAGUCACCUCUGAUGAAAGGUGGUGGAAAGACUUUCGGCCCCAAGCCCCGCGACUUCAGCACGAAGCUCAACAAAAAGGUCUACGAUCUGGCCUGGCGCACCGCGCUGUCCUACCGCUACAAGCGUGGCGAGCUCAUCGUCACCGAGGACGGCCUCGACCUCCCCCUCCCUAACGAUUUCCUCUGGCUUGCCGGCGGCGGUAAGCUCAGCCGUGAGCUUGAGGACGGCUACGUCCGCAAGUGGGUUCACGAGUUUAUGACCAGCUUGAACUGGGGCAAGGAGGCUGGCCGGACGACCUUUAUCACGGGCGACAAGCGCCCCAACCUCUUCACCGGAUUCGAGUUGGCUGGUGCCGAGGGUCGCGCUCUGGAGUUGUGGGAUGUCGAUGUCAAAGACCUUUUGGAGACGGGCAGGAUAGUGAUUGAGCGCAGCGCGCUCAAGGAGAUGAUCAAGGACCACCAAAGCGACCUCGUCACCCGUGUAGCAGUCCAGGGGCUCCGCCAAAAGGGUCCCAAGCUGGGUGAGGUGCUCGUCAGGGCGCCGAGAUACUAG